AUGGGUUCGGAAAGAAGACAAGAAUUUCGAGAAUUAUGGCUGGUCAAUGACGGCGAACAGAACGACCGGAAAAACAGCGCUCGGCAAGAAAAACCACGUUCAGUUGGCGAGGAUGAAGUCGGUUCAAUAAUUUCAAGAACUUACCCUGGCGCAAUGAAUCACGCAAGGACGGAAAGCGACAUGUUAAGCGGUAUUGCUGAGUUGGAGCCCAUCAAACCUGCACCAGUAAAUAUUGCAGCAGUUGAAGACGCAUCUGUUUAUCGAGACGAUAAUCAUUUUGCAACAUCUUUCAAGCAAUUAUGUGCUAUGAGGAAAGACGGACAGCUAUGCGAUGUUGUGCUUAUAUCUGAUCCUGAAGAUCGUGACAAAGGAGGUAAAUCAAGGUACUUUGGAAAAGAAGUUCAUGCGCAUCGUUGUAUUUUGGUUGCGUCUUGUCCUUAUUUCGCGGCCAUGUUUAGCAGUUCAAUGGUGGAAAGUGAAAGGAAAAGCAUCCAUCUUAAGGAUAUUGAUGGGGAUACUUUAGAAGCUGUAAUCGACUACAUUUAUACGGGGAAGCUGAAAAUUACUGAAAGUAAUGUUCAGAAGCUUUUCACAGCAUCUUCAAUCUUCCAGAUGUCGUCACUGCAGGACGCUUGUGGAGGAUAUUUAAGAGACCAGCUUGACCCGUCGAAUUGUCUCGGCAUAGCCCAAUUUGCGAAGUCACAUGGCUGUAUGAAACUUCAUUCUGCUGCAAACUGUUACAUUAGACAGCACUUUUGGGAAUUGGCGAAUUGUGAAGAAUUUCUAGCCCUUAGCAAGGAUCGUUUAAGUGAAUUAAUUUCUUUCGAUCACUUGAACACUAACGGUGAGGAAAAGGUAUAUGAGGCAGUGCUACGUUGGGUUAAUCACGACAAAGAAAAGAGGACCAGCUGUCUUCCUGAGCUUAUGUCACACGUGCGCAUAUCGCUGGUUUCUCGUCAGUAUUUAACGAAGCGUGUCAGUAGUUUCACUAGAGACCUUUAUGACUUCUUUGUUAGAAUUGAUCCUGACCCGCUUCUAAGGAGAAGCUCUGAAUGUAAAGAUUACCUCUUAGAGGCAUAUCGCUAUCAUCUUACUGGAUCCUUUGAUGAAGACUGUGAAAGAUUUCGGCCGAGAAUGCCAGUGGCACCUACACGGUUGAUCAUGCUGGUCGGUGGUCAGGCGCCCAAAGCGAUUGCUAACGUCGACGUGUUAGAUUUUGAUGCGGGCUCUUGGGUUUCAGGCAUUUAUAACUUGAAAAAUCUUUCCCAACGACGCUGUAGAUGUGGUGUCACUGAAUUAAAUGGAAUGAUUUACGCAGUAGGCGGAUUCAACGGAUCAAUGAGGGUUCGUACAACGGAUGUUUUUAAUGUCGAUAAUGGCAGCUGGUAUGGAGCAGCAGUAAUGAAUGAAAGAAGGAGCACCUUGGGGGUUGGUACCGCUGGAGGUCGUAUAUAUGCUGUAGGCGGCUAUGAUGGUAACACUGGGCUCUGCACUUCUGAAGCUUUCGACCCUCGCACAGGUGAAUGGACUUUCUUGCCACCAAUGAGUGUACGUCGUUCUUCUGUGGGGGUGGCAGCAUUAGGAGAUUACAUUUAUGCGAUAGGUGGUUUUGAUGGUAACUGUAAGCAAAGUCUGGAUACGGUCGAAAUCUUUGACAUCAGGUUAAACCAGUGGAUACCUGGUCCGACAAUGAAUCUUAAAAGAUCUGGAGCUGCAAUAGCCACUUUCGGCAGAUGUGUAGUUGCUGUGGGGGGACAUGAUGGACCGGAUAUAAGGUCAAGCGCAGAAGUGUUAGCUAAUGGAGUGUGGCAACAGUGUCUGCCUGAAACGAACGUUCCGAGGCGGAAUGCAAGCGCCCUCUGCAUUGACUCUACACUUUACGUAAUAGGAGGGAAGGCUUUCUUUUCUCAUUGUGAGGACGGUAGGAUGAAUCUCGAUACUAUUGAGUCGCUAGAUAUUGCUUCCUUAAAAAAUAUACCAAAAUCUUGGGUGGAAGUUGGGGUGCGCUUAAGACAGGCGAAAUCAUAUUGUGGUGCAUGCCUGUUACCAAAACCUUUGGGGAAGGAAGUUUACGGAGGAUAUUACCAAGCGAACGUAAGAGCAAGUGAAAAAAAUUUGCUUUAUUACUGA